AUGGACUGCGUUCGUGCCUCACCUACGCCGCCGCCACAGUCGCCGCCGCCGCCGCCGUCGAUGCUGCCUUGUACAAAGUGCGAACGGCGAGGAAGAUAUGAAAAUCGCCGGCCGGGUGACGGCUGGCGCCUUUACGUCACUCAGCACGUUCUAUUCACCUGGUUUUGCUUAUCCGACAGUGCACGUUUGGUCGUCGUGUCUGACACGCCAUAUCCCACAUCCCACACGUCACAGACGUCCUGCGCGGGUGGAUUUUAUUACAAUAAGAAUAUGUGGAAUUCUUCCGAGAGAUACCUUCGCGGGCAGCACAUCGCAGUUUCGAACCACACUGACUUUCCGUCAUCAGCACAGAUGAUCGGCAAGAUGCAGAAAUUCACACUUCUCACACAGUUCAUUGGAGAGAGCAGGAUUGUUCCUUUAGGGGACGCCUUAAACUCGGGAACCGGAACCUUCAAGCAUCCUCAGUUCAUCACCGUACGCUACGUUGGAUGCCUUUUUCAAUUUUGA